CUCAUAUAAAGUUUUAAUUUUUUUAUUGGUAGUACUUUCGGAUGCGGGGAAGAAUUUUGCUUGGGCACAAGAAUCCAAAGAGACCGUCGAUUUCUUGCAUGGGGCUUAUAAAUUGCAGAGAUGCAUGGAAAACAAGAGGCAGCAGAGUGGUGCUUCUUCUUUUGAUCAUAUUUUUGGCCCUAGGGGUUCUUCUUCAUCUUCAUCAAGUCUUUUUGGGUCUAUUUUCUCUUCUUCUUCCACGGGGCUGGGAAGAGACUCUUCAGGAAUUAUGGGAAAUCAAGGUGGGAAUAGCAAAUAUGGGAAUAAUCCAGAUAAUUCCAGUCAAAGCAAUAAGGGAGGUAGCAUUGGCAAAGAUACGAGUUGUGUUUAUGAAAAUGAAACACCAGAACCCUGUUAUUUCAGCUCGUCUAUCUACUAUGGUGGCCAAGAAAAUUAUUCUCCAAGGACUAAGAACUCUGAAUCUCACCAUAUUUUGAAGAAAGAUGACAAAACUGAUGAUCCCAACGGCAACAAUUCAAACAGUGCUUCAAGAGGGAAUUGGUGGCAGGGUUCACUCUACUAUUAACUCUAGACCCACAUGUGUAAAAUUCAGCAUCUAUAAGCUAAGGAAUGAUGGCUAUGAUCAAACUUCAUACUAAGAAAAUAAGAUGAUAAUUAUAUGUUGAGUACUUUUGUUGGGGCAUCAUAUGUUUGUGAUGUUGGGUUCUUCUUUACCCUACUUGUGUUUUUACACAAGAUCUGAUAUUUUGUUCUGGGAGGCUGAUGCCUUGCUUCUUGUAUACUAUGUUUCUUUUGCUCUUUUGCAUAGUUAACCUUAUCAUCCAUGUACUC